AUGACUCUUGUGCAAUCCCCCGAGGUGGCUCUUCCCUUGUCGAAUAUCGGGCCUACCUCGGAAUCGAUUAAGGGUCCUUCCGAUCUCAGCAGAUCCACCACUGUAACGGUGGAUAGUGAUAUUAGCGGAUUAUCAGAGAAAAAUGAGAAUGUUCGAUUUGAACUAGAGGAACACCCGGCUGAUGUGGUGCGACCCAUCAAGGUUGGUAUUAUCGGUGCGGGUCUUGCAGGGAUCACCGCGGGCGUGUUGCUCCCUGCGAAACUGCCGGAACUUGAUCUUCGAAUCUAUGAUAAGAAUGCCGAUGUGGGAGGCACAUGGUUCGAGAAUACAUACCCCGGUGUUCGUUGCGAUAUUCCUGCACAUGUAUACCAAUCCAGCAUCUCACCAAAUACUCAAUGGACGGAAGAAUUCGCCCAGGGAGAGGAGAUCAAACAAUACUGGCAGGGUGUUGCACGAAAGCACAAUGUGUACCAGUACCUUCGCGCAGGACAAAGAGUGCAGAAGGCCGAGUGGCAACCCGAGAAAGGAAAGUGGAAUGUCACUGUUGAGCACGUGGAUGGUUCGAAGGUCUAUGAGGAAGAGCUAGACGUGUUAAUCAACGCCAUUGGUCAUUUCAAUGCCUGGAAGCUACCCGACUAUGAAGGAAUCAACGAUUACAAGGGAAAACUGUUCCACUCCUCUAACUGGGAUCCAAGCAUUGAUCUGAAAGGCAAGCGAAUUGCUCUUAUCGGAAAUGGUGCUUCCGGCUUGCAGGUCCUACCAUCCAUUCAACCAUUUGCUAGCCACGUUGAUCAUUACGCUCGGAAUCCAACUUGGAUCGCAGAUUCAUUCAGUAGCGGAAGCGCGGGUGUCCGUCGACUAGAGGCAAACUUGUUCUCCGAGACACAGCUAGAGUCAUGGAAAGAUCCCAAGGCGUAUCUGGAAUACCGAAAGGAUGUCGAAAAGGGGUAUUUCCAGCGCUUUGGGGCGAUCUUCAAAGAUACACCGGAAAACGAGGAACUGCGUGAGAAAUGGACCGCCCUGAUGCUGCAGCGUAUUGCAAGCAAGCCCGAAUUGGCCGACAGGAUCAUCCCAGACUUCCCCCGGCGUGCCGUCACGCGCAUCAAGCGAUUCACCGAGAAAGGCAUUGUGACCGAAGACGGCAUGGAGCGAGAAGUAGACAUCACAAUCUGCGCAACAGGCGCCAACGUCGACCACGCCCCGCCGUUCUCCAUCAUCGCCGACGGAGUCGACCUAAAACAAGCCUGGAAACAAGACGGCAAAUUCGGAUUCCCGUACUCAUACCUCGGCUUCGCAACACCCGGAUUCCCCAACCUCCUUUGGCUCGCCGGCCCAUACGCCUCGGGACAUAGCGGGACAGUUCCCAACAAUGUCGAGAACCAAGUGACAUACAUCGCGAAAGUGCUGCGCAAGAUCCGCACGCAGGGAAUCAAGUCGAUCGUCCCGUCCAAGCAAGCGGCCGAUGACUUCGUUGAGUACUGCGACCAGUUCUACCCGCGCACUGUGUGGUCGGCGAAUUGUAGUUCGUGGUAUAAUGGUGGCAAGCCCGGGUCUCGGAUUCAUGGUCUCUUCCCCGGUAGUGCGUCGCAUUCGAAUUAUGUUCGUCGAGACCCGCGUUGGGAAGAUUGGGAGUAUACCUAUGUUAAUCCAAGUGGGAAUCGGUUUGCUUACUUUGGUAAUGGUUGGACUACGAAAGAGUUGACUCCGGGGGCGGAGUUGACGCCUCAUUUGAGAUUGCCGGAGGAGAUUAAUUUGAAGACUCACAUGGAGGGGUGGUGGGAUGUUUAA